AUGUAAAAUAGUUCAUUGUGUAUAGGCUUCUCAAUGAUCUCUACAUUUAAGAAGGAAUAUAAGAUGAUCCUUUCUCACUUGUUUCAGUAGUACUAAAAGAUAUAAGAUAAGUUAUCGUUGAAGUAUGAAAAAUGUUGAAAAUAGAGUACCAUAUUGCAAUCACUUUAAACUUGCUAAGAUAUUUAAAAUAAGUGAGAUAAAUUAGGGGGAUAGUUUAAAAAUUGACUACUACUAUGAUGGUCUUAAUGGAGAGCAGGUGAAAAUAAUAAUGAAGGAGCCUGAAGGGAAACACGAUGGUUUUAUUUAAGAUUUCAAACUUGAGUAAUAAGACGUGGUGAUGGCAAAAUAAGUGUUACAAUGUCUAAUCGAAACAUUUCAUUGGACGGCUAACUUUGGGUAUUUUGUUGCAUUAGAUUAAGGCAGUUUUUGGAUCCCAUAAGAGAAAACUUUAUUUAUCAUAAGGAGUAAGAUUUCUUUUUGCUAAUUCCAACAUUUAAAUUGAUUACCAAAUAUUUAGUUAAAGAUAAGUUAGAGUUUAGUUGGGAGAAGUUUGUCAAUUACAGACAAUAAGCGUAUUAAAAUGCGGUAAAGAAUAAACAAUAAUAGGAAGACUUAUAUUUUUUUUUAGGAAUUUUUGGACACCUUCUUACCUUUUGUGAAGGAACAAGAUGAGGACAAACAUUUUUAUAAAAAGUAAUUUGCGAUUUUACCGAGGAGGAUUCAGGAUAUUGAAGGAAUAUUGGAAAUUAAUGACACUUAUGUUGGAGUUGACAGUUUGUAUUCAGAGGAUUCAGUAAAAAAGAAGUCAUGGCGAUAUAGUUUUAAAUAGAGCAUGAUCCUGUAUUAAUUAGACUCGAACGAAGAGCUUCGUGAUUUAUUUUUAGAGAAGAAAAGAAUUGAUUAGGAGCAAUAUCGGAUUGGGAAACAAUCUCCUAAUAUUACAACUUAGACUGAGAAUUUGCUUGCAUUUUUAAGAGCUUUAACAGACAUAAAGUCAGAGAGUCAUGAUGUGUUGACGAGCUUUGCAUAAAAGAUCAAGCCUUAUUUGGAUACCAGAGAGGAUUUAACAUUUACGAACAAUCGAGUGGCUGCUGUUUUCAGACCUAAUUACAAACCUGUUAUGAAUAAAAAUAAGAUGAUAGAUAUUGCGAAGUAAUAACAACAAGACAAAUCAAAAGUUGACAAAUAGAAAAUUGAUAUUGAGCAAAAUAAUGGUUAUUUUGAUUUUGUCUGGCAAUCGGACAUAAAUUCAUUGAAUAUCAUUUCCUAAUUUAUCCAAUCAGGUAGGAAUGGAGGGGAUCCUCAAAGCUCUAUGAAAUUUGGUGCUGAUGGCAAACAGUUGAUUUUAAAAUACAAAUUCGAAUUGUUGGAACAAAAGAAUUGCUUCAUUGUGAGAACUUUGAUUCCAGAAAUCCUGUUUACAAUAGAAACUGCAGAUGACAUAAUGUUCUUGGUGAAUGUUCUUUAGAAGGAACAAGGGUAGACAAAUUUGUAUGUGGAUGACAACAGAAGACUUAUGUUAUAUUCAUCGAUAGUUCUGGUAAAUGAUUAAUCAAUGUUAGGGCUAAAAAAUAGAGAUACUGAGUGCCAUAGUGAAGAUCAUCGACAUACAUCAAAUUUAUUUUUAUUUAAUUCUGGAAUUCUAUGCUAAGAACAUAGCCAUGGGUAGAUGUGUCAGAGAGUUGAAAUACUAACAUUUUGUUAGGGAGUUGUUGCAUUAUGUGCAAGAUUAUGAGAAUGAUUUUGAGAGUCAGAUGAAAAACAUAAUGAGUGAUAAGAUACAAAUUGGAUUUUGA